AAAACAACAAAAACAACCAAAAUGGAAUAUAUCGGAACCGCUGUUGCAGCUACAGUUGGUGCUGGUGCGGCGGUAGUUGCUGUGCCUGCCAUUAUCGGAGCUGCAGGUUUCACGGCAGCUGGAAUUACAGCUGGCUCCUAUGCUGCCUCGAUGAUGUCAGCAGCUGCAGUGGCCAGUGGAGGCGGGGUCACUGCUGGUAGCUUGGUGGCCGGUCUGCAAUCUGUUGGAGCUGCAGGGCUGUCCGGUGCUGCCUCUGCAGUGGUGGCCAGUGUGGGAGGGGCUGCUGGAGCAGUUGUGUCAUCACUGGUUAGCAACUGCACAGGGGCUGUUUAAUCACCAUGUCACCUGAUUACACACUUUGUCAUGAUAUCCAUGUAGUUACCGUUUCUACCACUUUAAUGAUCAAUUUGUUUUUGUUCUUCCCCCUUUUCCUAACUCAUUGUAUUUACUGUGUCUUAG